GGUGACAGGCUGACGAUGACACACGGUGCCCGUGCUUUUGGAAGUGUCAUGGAUACUCUGUAUCCGAAUCUCUACGAGCGCUUCAAGACCGAAGGCCUCUGUCCCAUUUGCUUCAUGGAGAUGGAACUGAUGCCCAGAUACUCGUGCAUUAACGGGCACACCGUAUGCCAUCGUUGCAAGCCUUAUUAUUACAAUUGCUUCACGUGCGCAGCACCGUUGGAUAUGGAGAUCCUGUCGUCACAGAAGGACACAUCCCAGCCAUCGCGUCGUUAUGACGAUUAUAAUCCUAGCGCGCCGUCGAUGAACGAUUUUCUGGACUAUGAAAGGAGAGUUUGGGAACCGUUCGUGCCUUCUGAAAAUCAGCAUCUCGAACCCUGCUCGUAUUCUUAUCUAGGAUGCUGGGUGAAAAUACCAGAGCAUCUACGAGCGCUUCAUGAGUCGAGGUGCCAGUUUCGACCGUACUUGGAGGAGAAACACAUGCCAACCGAUCUUCAUCAUGGCCAUGACGAUUUAGUAGAAUGUUCGUACUCUGCAGCAGGAUGCAGGAUACGAACAGUGCCGUGGAGACGCAGCAUUCAUGAGCAGUAUUGCAUCUAUAAGACCAAGGACAUGUUUCAAAUCGUGAACGAUAUGAGCAAUGAUUUCGCGUCUGCGACAAUCGCCGAUAACAAUUACAGCGGCGAUCCCGAAGAAUUGGUGCAAUGCAAGUUUAAGCAGUAUGGUUGCAUGGUGAAUAUUCCGAGGAGACGAAAAUACAUACACGAACAGAAAUGCAAUUAUAAGAGCUAUGAAGGAAACGUAUUUCAAAAUAUGAACGAUAUAAGCGACGGUUUCGCAUCCUCGACAAUCGCCGAUAAUAAUUAUGGCGGCGAUCCCGAAGAAUUGGUGCAAUGCAAGUUUAAGCAGUAUGGUUGCAUGGUGAAUAUUCCGAGGAGACGAAAAUACAUACACGAGCAGAAAUGCAAUUAUAAGAGCUAUGAAGGAAACGUAUUUCAAAAUAUGAACGAUAUAAGCGACGGUUUCGCAUCCUCGACAAUCGCCGAUAAUAAUUAUGGCGGCGAUCCCGAAGAAUUGGUGCAAUGCAAGUUUAAGCAGUAUGGUUGCAUGGUGAAUAUUCCGAGGAGACGAAAAUACAUACACGAACAGAAAUGCAACUAUAAGAGCUAUGAAGGAAACGUAUUUCAGAAUACGAACGAUAUAAGCGACGGUUUCGCAUCCUCGACAAUCGCCGAUAAUAAUUAUGGCGGCGAUCCCGAAGAAUUGGUGCAAUGCAAGUUUAAGCAGUAUGGUUGCAUGGUGAAUAUUCCGAGGAGACGAAAAUACAUACACGAACAGAAAUGCAAUUACAAGAACCAUCAAGGAAACUUGGACAGAUUCGAUUAUUCCGCGCAACCAGAAUUAGAUCCUGACGAGCAAGUAGAAUGCAGGUGGUCCGAAUAUGGCUGCCGAGUCAGACCGAAACGUUAUCGUAAGCAAGUUCACGAGGAUAAAUGUAAUUACAGGAAAGAAUUGCCAUGAAUGCAGCGUUACAUUUAAGCCAAU